CUCGCCCUACCACCUGCUUGGGUGUCUGUGAGGGAGGGGGGUGUUCUUGCUGUGUUUCUGUGGGCGGCGAAGGACGGCAGGUCGACCAGAGACGCUGUAUUCUCAGUUACCGCCGUCACCGCACUCACGAUGGCGGCCGUGGCGGGGUUUCGUGCCUCUUACCAUCGGUUCUUAGACCGGAUCGAACUCAUGUUGCCAGCACGGAUUCGCCCUUUAUAUAACCAUCCUGCAGGUCCUAAAACAGUGUUUUUCUGGGCACCUGUUAUGAAAUGGGGUUUGGUCUGCGCUGGAAUGGCUGAUAUGACUAGGCCAGCAGAAAAACUCAGCACAUCACAGUCUGCAGUGUUAAUGGCCACAGGACUUAUCUGGUCAAGAUAUUCCUUAGUUAUCAUUCCUAAAAACUGGGGUCUCUUUACUGUUAAUUUCUUCGUGGGAUGUGCUGGCGGCUCUCAGCUGUACCGUAUAUGGAGGUAUAACCAAGAACUAAAAGCCAAGGAGAAGGAAGAGAAGCAGCAAUAAAAAUGUAGUUCAUCUCCUCACAUUUCAGCUGUGAACUCUCUCAAGGGACCUAGUUGUAAUCUUGUGCAGUUUGUCCAGCAUGAAUUUUUACUAAUGUUUGAGCAUGUUUUUCUAUAAACUAGAAAAUGUCUCUUUACGCAAAUAAAGUUUAACUUGACUAUAAUAAAAUGCCUGUUAGGCUCAGCUUUCACAACCCAAUAUGGAUAGCUAUUCUGGUCUGUCAACUGGGUUAAAUGGCAGCCCAGGUCAUAAAAUGUGUACUUGGUUAGUUUAAAAUUCAAUCUACAUACUACUACAUGGCUCAGGAAUAAAGGAGACCCACCCAAUCCUUUACAUUUUGACAAAGAGUCCUAGACAUGAUCUAUGGGAGAAAAAACUGUCAUCAAUAGAGCCCGUUUAUCCUAUUAGCUGUUGUCACAAAAAUUUGCUUUGCUAUUAGCUGCCUUUUGGGGAAAGCUA